AGCUUUCCUUCCUUUGUUACUUCCUGUCAGCUCUUUUAAGUUAGUGAUGGUCCAGUAUCUGGAUGUCCAGGUACUACAAUGGUGAUGGGGCUUCAUCUUGAAGUCCUGAGACAGUGUUGCAUAUUUCUUUCUCCUUUCAAUGAAUCGUUUUUGGGGCAAUACUGCUCUCUCUUACAGAGAAGAAGGUUGAUAUUGACUGCUUGGAUGAGAUCUUGGAUGAAAUGGGGAUCUGUUUAACCAACAAGCAGCUAUAUGAGGCAUUGAAAUAUGCUCCAAUGGAUGCUGAUGGGAAAGUGGAUCUGGAAGCAUUUAAGAGAGGUGCAAGUGCUGUCUUGAUAAGUGAAAAAACUGGGAAGAAGGUGGAUGUCAGCAAAUUGGACUCAAUCUUGACUUGCAUGGGGCUUCACUUAACUCAAGAGGAGGUGCAGGAGGCUCUCGGGAAAACAACACUGAAUAAGGAUGGGACUGUGAAUCUAAAAGAUUUCAUGUGGGCCGUACAGGGCCUCUCCAGUAUUCAGGACAAACAAAUAGAUAUUAAGAAUUUGGAAUCUCUCCUGAGUGGCAUGGGGAUCUAUUUAACUCAAGAGGAGCUGCAGGAUGCACUGAAGUUAACAAAGUAUAAUGAGGAUGGGACAGUGAAUUUGAAAGACUUCAUAAAUUCUUGCAAUGCCACCCUAACUCCCUCCAGCACUAAGGGAGGAUACCCAAGUAAAAUGUCUGAUAGAAAGACAGUGAAGUUUCCCAGGGUCACAGAGAAGCACCGUCCACUAAUACCAGGCAGAGUAUUCCCAUAUGGGACUGUCCUUGGGAACACAUUCAAAGCUGUUAAGGACCUGAAUAAGCCACAGCUGGAAGCUUUCCAUCAUGCUUAUGACACCUUCAGCAAGGACCUCAAUGGCAACAUUGAUCUUCCAGCCCUACAGAGCACAGCCCAUAACCUGGGAAUCAACUUGACUGAGGAAGAAGCCUUUGAUGAGUUGAUCUAUGCUGACACAGAUGGAGAUGGAAAAGUGAAUUUUACAGAUUUUCUUAACAUCAUCACAGACAGUAAUCGCUUCAUCCAAGCUGUAG